UUGGCCCAACACCCUCUGUCGCCCCUAUUAAAAAAUACGAUACAUCCGACACUGCGGCGGCGGCGGCCCUCUUCCACCGCAAAUGGCUACCUCCACCACCAUCGCCGCCGCCGCCGCCGCCGCCGCCACCACCACCAGGCGAUUGAGAGCAUUCAAACGAUGGAUGAAAUCGCAAAACAUAGAUUGCAGCGAUGCUCUCAACCUCAUAGACCACGCCAAAGAAGGAAUCUCCGUGCGAACACUCUGCGAUUUGCACGAAGGCGAUUUGGUGGCGACGAUACCCAAGCAUUCGUGCCUCACAAUCAAGACCUCAGGUGCUCGGAAUUUGAUCGAGACAGCCGGUCUUGAGGGCUAUUUGGGGCUCUCGGUGGCCCUCAUGUACGAGAAGGGCUUGGGACACCAGUCCCCUUGGUUCGGUUAUCUUCAGUUGUUGCCGGAGAAUGAGUGUAUUCCAAUGCUUUGGAGCUUGGAGGAAGUUGAUUCUCUGUUAUUGGGCACUGAGCUUCACAAGAUAGUUAAAGAAGACAAGGCUCUCAUCUAUGAGGACUGGGAAGAGUGUAUUCAGCCUCUUCUGGCUUCAGCUCCUGUAGAGCUUAAUCCAGAUUUCUUCGGUGUUGAACAGUACCUCGCAGCAAAAAGUCUUAUUGCUUCUCGCUCUUUUCAAAUAGAUGAUUACUAUGGAUUUGGGAUGGUUCCACUGGCAGAUCUUUUCAAUCACAAAACAGGAGCUGAAGAUGUGCACUUCACCUCUAUAUCUUCUCAUCUUGCACCUGAAGAUGAUGCUGAAGACAACCACGAAAGCCUUCGCCACCGCGUCUGUCCCGGCAACGGAACCAAGGUAUGUGUAGAGAUCCGGCGGGCGGCCAAGGCGAAGUUGCCGCCCGCCGGUAAAGCAGAAUGACUAGGUUCUUAACCUUGCUCUGAUACCAUGUUAAAAAAUACUGUAUUAUUGAUUGAUUACAAGAUUGUUGUGUUACAAGAUUGAUCAAUUCUGUAUAUUACAAUUCCUAUAUAUAGAGGAGAAGAUGGUAGUGGAGUGUGUGAUAGUGG